AUGAAUAUUCCCAAUGAAUUGCCUAUUAUUUAUACAACACCAGUUUUGAUUCCUGGUUAUAUUUUGAAAAUUCGAUUACCAGUUGAAAAAUACUCUAAUUUAUUGAAUUAUCUUCAAACUAAUCAUGAUUCAAAAUCAAUACAUAUAGGUGUGAUACCAAAAUCAGAUUUUGAAAAGGCUAAUAAUAUAAUUGGAACAGUGGGCCGGGUUCUUAGCAUAAUUAAAGUYGGAGAUAUUCCUGAAAAUUUUGUUUUUGUCACGGAAGGAAUAUGUCGUUUUAAAUUAGAUGAAAAAAUUUCUGAUGAGCCAUUACAAAUUAAUAAAGUUAUUACGAUAGAAAAUUUUAAAACCCUCCAAGGCGACGAAAAGACAAUAAAUGAACUCCACACUGAAUUUAAUAAAGUUGUGAAUGACUUUUUAACAUAUUCAGAACCAGGCAUAUUUGCAAGAGAUACCUUAAAGAUGUUAUUUAAUAAAACUCCCCUAUAUCAAACUGUUGAUUUUUAUUUGAAGAAUUUUGUACGUUUAACUCCAGCAGAUGCCUAUGAAAUUCUUAGAGCUACAAGUUUAAACGAUACAUUGAAAUUUGUUACAGAUUGGUUAAAAAGAGCAACAAUUAAUGACAACAAAUACACAAAAUCUGAAAAAACAGGUUUAAUUCCAAUCCCAUCUACACUUACUAAUGGUAUUGGUGGUAACAGGAGUAUUCUGCUGAAGAAACCAAUUUCACAAGAAUUAAAUCAAUUACAAACAACCAUUCAAGAUUCUGGAAUGCCAACACCAAUACAUAAAACAAUUAUGGAAGAAUUUAAAAGACUUCAUGAAAUGAGUACUAGCAAUCCUGAUUAUUCUGUACUUAUAAAUUAUAUCAGCUAUGUUGCAAAUUUACCAUGGAAAAAACGUACAAAUGAAACUUUAGAUCUGAAAAAAGCUAAAAAUGUAUUGAAAUCAAACCAUUAUGGCAUGGAAAAGGUGAAAAAUAGAAUAUUGCAAUUCAUAGCUGUAAAAAUAUUGAACCCAGAUCGUCGAGGACCUAUACUUUGUUUUAUUGGGCCACCUGGUGUUGGCAAGACAUCUAUCGCUAAAGCUAUUUCCAGUUCGUUAAAUCGAACUUUUAAAAGAAUAUCAUUAGGUGGGAUAAACCACUAUUCAGAUAUUAAAGGACACAGAAGAACAUAUAUCGGAGCUAUGCCUGGAUGUAUAAUUCAAGCAAUUCAACAAGCAAAAACCAACAAUCCUKUAAUUUUAUUGGAUGAAAUUGAUAAGAUGUACAGAGGUGUAAGUGGUGAUCCUGCUGCAGCAUUAUUAGAAGUUUUAGAUCCAGAACAAAAUAGUUCAUUUGUCGAUUCAUWUAUUAACUUGCCAUUUGAUGUCAGUCAAGUAAUGUUUAUAUCAACAGCUAAUAGUGCUGCUAAUAUACCUCAGACAUUGCGUGAUCGAAUGGAAAUAAUUUAUUUGGAAGGAUACACACAAGAAGAAAAAAUGCAAAUUGCAGAAACUUAUUUGAUUCCCAAGAUACUUAAAGAUCAUAAUAUGAAUGAGUUGCAGAUAACUAUUUGCAAAAAUACAAUAAAAGAUAUAAUUCAAAAAUAUACAAAUGAAUCUGGUGUAAGAGAAUUGCAGCGUAAACUAGAAGUUAUUUGUCAUUACGUUGCUGUAGAUAUAGUUGAGAAUGGUGAUAAAACAAUAAAAAACUAUGUGAUCACACCAGAAUUAUUAUUGAAUAUUCUCGAUAGUGAAUUAUACAAUGUAAAAAAUACACUAGUAGAAGAAAGUUGUAACAAAAUAGGUGUUGCUAUUGGAAUGGCGUGGUCUCGAGUCGGUGGGAUGGUUCAAGUUAUUGAAGCAACUAAAUUGUAUUCGACUAACGAGAAAAAUCAGCUAGUCCUAACUGGUCUAGCAGGCCAAACUCUAAAAGAAUCAGUGUCAAUAGCACAGCAUUGGAUACAAGCAUUUGUAAAAAAAAAUGAAGUUAACAUACAAGAUUUCUGUGUUCAUGUUCAUUUACCUACAGGAGGAAUUCCAAAAGAUGGGCCAUCUGCCGGGAUAACAAUUGUGUGUGCAUUAAUCUCUCUUUUUUGGAAAAUACCUUUAAGACCAAUGAUUGCAAUGACUGGAGAAAUAUCAUUGAAUGGAUAUGUCUUGCCUGUCGGUGGAGUAAAAGAAAAAAUUUUAGCUGCACACAAUUCAAAUAUUAAAACGGUCAUCAUACCUGAACUUAAUUUGAAAGAUUUAAAAAAAAUACCUAACAAUAUCAGAGAGGAUUUAAAUAUUAUCCUAGUGAAACAUUUAGAGGAAGUAUUGGAUAUUGUUAUUCCUGGAGGAUUGGCAAUACUGCAAAACCCAUCAUUUUCAACAAUGGAAAUAUGUAAACUUUAGUUCUAGCAUUAACAAACUAUCAAUUAUUUUAAGUAUUUAAUUAAAUACUCUGUAUUAUAGUGGCAUAAGUUGGGCGAAAUUUUGGGGGUCUUUGGGAGACUUCUAACUUCAUACGACAAAUUUUUUUUUAGCAAUUUUCAUAUUAUUUUCCUAAAAAUAAUAACAUAAUAUUUUAUUUUCAAUAUGAAUUAAUAUAAAUACAUUCUAAAAUUUAAGCAGCUACUUAUAAUUUUAAAAAUUUCUGAGGUUGCGAUACAACACCUUUGCUACCUUUGAAUUUUUCAGAGAUUGCAAAUAUGACCCAUACAUCCCCUAGUUAUUUUAAGCCACUAAUGUGAUACAUUUAAAUAUUAUAAAUGUAAGUUUAUCAAUAAAUUACUUAAUUAAUACAAUUUAUGGACGAUUUUAUAACGAGCAUCAGGUUUUUAUUAUCUAUGUUUAAAGUUUAAAUAAAACAAAUAAUUUUAA